AUGCCUCUGGCACUAUGGGUUAAAUUCCAUUUACUCUCUUUUUCCGAUUUACUCUCUGUGCGAUUCAACCGUUACAAAUGUGUCCUCAUAAAAACUAAUACUGAUAUUUUCAUUUUUGUGUUUACUCCUAAUGGCCUAGCUUCAGGAGAGGCGUCUAAAUCAUCUCCACUUCAGUUUGGUUCCACAACUCCAGGUUUCAUGAAUGGAAUCCAGAUACCAACUGCCCAGACUAACACAGCUCCACUGAAUUUGGAUGAGCAGCACGACACGGUUGUAAAGAGCCAGUGGCAUCAAGCUACCCAAUUGCGCAGGCCAAGGAAUUCUCACAUUCUUGAAACAGUAGCUCCAAUCGUUAGCUUUUUGGUAUUUUUGGUAUUUUGUUAUUGUUGUUGGAGGAUGUGUGCAAAUGAUGAUACUGAAGAAGUAGCUGAUCCCGAGCCAGAAGUUGAGCUAGUCGUGGCAGAGCCAGUCGGGGUAGGGCCUGCAGUAGAAGUGGGACUCAAUCCAAACGUGAUUGAUCUGUUCCCAGUACUACUCCCUUUUAUGAUCGACGGACCAGUUGGUUUCGAGGGAUCUGAGUGCCAGAUUUGUUUGGAGCAAUUUGUGCACGGGGAGAAUGUAAGAAUUCUCCCCACAUGUAGGCUUGCAUCAAAAUGUGGUUGGCCAGCCGAAAAGAAUGCGCUGUUUGUCGCCAUGAGUACUUAGGUUGGGAAGCCGAAAUGGUGCCACCCGAUGCUCCUUGACAACCCUAGAUGGUUUGAACCAUUUUUUCAACUCUUAGUUCUUUUUUUUUUUUGUCCUACUUGGAUAAAUUGGUAUGAAUUGGCAAUUAAUUAUGUACAUGCAUCAUUUCUGAACUCAAGUUUGGCUUAAGAAAUGAUACAGACUAUUCAAUUGGUGAUUUGUCUAGUUAAAAUGGAACGCAUGGGAGUUGCUUUAUAAUCUUCAGAAUUGUAAUGACAAUGACACAGCCAG